UCUCUUUGAAUUUUGAAAAGUGAAGAACUAAGAGUAAAGCAAAUACCAAAAUAGACAGCUAUGAAAAUGAGUAGGGUUUUCUUCUUUAUAGAGAAAUAAACAAUGGGUUCUUCUUAAAAUUAAAAGGGGGUAUAGCCAAAAAGAGAAGAAGAUUGAAGAAGAAGAAGAAGAUCUGAUCUGUGUAAUUCUAGAUCUUUCUUUAAUUUUUUUCUACAAGGUUUCUGGGGGGUUUGGCGGCUUAUGAAUCAUUGGUAAGUCAAUGAGCUUUAUAGGAUACAAUUGCCGGAGAAGUAUCCAUUUUGGAAAAUGAGAUCAGACACUCCCCUUGAUUAUGCUGUUUUCCAGUUAUCCCCAAGACGAUCUCGAUGUGAAUUGUUUGUUUCGAGCAAUGGGGAUACUGAAAAGCUAGCUUCAGGACUGUUAAAACCAUUUUUGACUCAUUUAACAGUUGCAGAAGAACAGGCCCGACAAGCGGUUCAAUCAAUCAAGUUAGAAAUUGAGAAACGCAAAAGUGAGGGGAUUUGGUUCACUAAAGGAACUAUUGAAAGGUUUGUUCGGUUUGUUAGCACACCUGAGGUGUUGGAGCUGGUAAAUACAUUUGACGCUGAGAUGUCUCAGUUGGAGGCUGCACGGAAAAUUUAUUUGCAGGGACCGGAAAAUCAGCGUUCGACAUCGUCAGGUGGGGACGAGACAGGAGCUGCUGCUGCCGCAGAUGUUACUAAAAAGGAGCUGUUGAGGGCUAUUGAUGUGCGGCUUGGUGCUGUUAAACAGGACUUAACCACAGCUUGUGCAAGAGCAUCGGCUGCUGGCUUCACUCCUGACACUGUCUCAGAACUUCAAUUCUUCUCCAAGCGAUUUGGUGCGCAUCGUUUAAAUGAAGCCUGUACCAAAUUCAUCUCUGUCAAUGAGAGAAGGCCAGAUCUGAUAUGCCCAUGGACCAUUGGAGGAGAUGAUAGAGCCAACCGAUAUUCUUCUGGGUCAGACAUGUCCAUUGAUGAUCAAGCUGAAGAAACCCAACAGAAAAAGCAGCAACAGACAAGCCGAGAGCAAGAUGCAACUCAACAUGAGCAGUCUGGGUCAUCCAGUGCUCAGCAACCCUCUUCCUUAAGAGGAUCAAGCAGUGAGAGGGACGAUGUUAAAGAAAGUGAAAGGAUGACUGAAAAGGAUGAUGAAAAAAUGAAUGAGUUGCCUCAGAAGAGUCAGCAUGUUAGACGGCUAAGUGUGCAGGACAGAAUCAACAUGUUUGAGAACAAGCAGAAAGAGCAGACCCCAAAGAGUAGUAGUGGUGGUAAGGUCGUGGUCACGAAAUCUGUGGAGCUUCGGAGGAUGUCAUCGGAUAUGUCGUCAUCUGGACAAACUGCAGAGAAGGCUGUCUUGAGAAGAUGGAGUGGAACUAGUGACAUGAGCAUUGAUCAGAGUAAUGAGAAGAGGGAAACUGAGAGCUCAGACUCAACCCCUGGUCCCAGUUCUGAUUCUCAAUCUCAGGCAACACCCCUCGGUAUAAACCAGAACAAAGACUUUGGGGGAUCACAAGACACUCCCACAUCAUCUACGGCCGAAUUCUUGGGUUCUCUGGUUACAAAGGAAGAUUCGGGGUUGAGAGAUCAAGCUGUUGGUGGUUUUCAAGGUAGUGAAGAGGCGAUUCAACCAAAGGUUUCUUCAUCAGAAGCUACAUUAAUUGACAAAUCAGCUUCCCAAUCCCAAAUAAAGACUUUCCCAGGAAGAACAAAGGAUGUUUCACCAAAAGAUGAAACACCUUCUGAUGUUGAGUUUAGAGAUCGAGCAGCAUCUCAGUCCCGGUUUGGAUUCUUUGGAGCAGAGCAGUCUGCAUUUAAACUUGAAGCUGGACCACAAACUCUUCGUAGAGUUUCUUCAAGCGGAGCUGACCUUGCUGGAUUGAAAGAUCAAACAGCUUCUCAGUCCCAAUUCAGAGCUAAACCAGACCUUUCAGACGAUGUUGGACUGAAGAACCGAACUACUUCCCAGACUCAAUUUAGAGCUUCUGUUAACAGAACGGAGGAUGUUGGGCCAGCAGAUGCACCGUAUCAAGUGCCACGCUUAGCUUUCCCAAGCAGGUCAGCUGAUGUUAAAAAGAGAGAUGAAGUGAGUUCACAAAUCCCAGUUCGGGCUUCUUCUCCUAGUUCAAUGAACAUUUUUGGAUCAGAUUCCAAAGAUAAAUCAAUGUCUGAGCUUCAGUCCAGACCUUUCUCUGGGAAGUCUAAAGGUAGCUCUGGAUCUAGGACACCGUCUAUAUCUAGGCCUCAGAGCAGAGAUUUGGCUAGUGACUUGUCUGCCCAACAAAGCCAGUGGGGUUUCCAAGGAAAAAUUGAUGAAGCUGGGAAGAAAAUGCAAUUUGGAGGUUAUCCAUCCAGAGAAGACGAUUCUAGCUUUCAAGGAAUGAAGUUGCAGCGACAAAGUUCUGCACCUGAACAGAUUGAUGUUUUGGCGCAACCUCAGAAGGGAAAGACAUCUAAAGGAAAUCAGGAUCGUAAUGAUGAGCUUCAGAUGAAAGCAGAUGAGCUUGAGAAGCUUUUUGCAGCACACAAACUUAGGGUUCCUGGAGAUCAGUCUACUACUACUAGUCGAAGAAGCAAGCCAACUCCAAUGCAGAUGGACCAGGUUCCCAAAGCUGUUAACAGGAAAACCGUGGAAGUUUCUUCGGUGCCAUUGUCUGCUAAAUCCACAGUGAGACAGUCAGUCAGUGGUUCUGGCAAAGGUGCUAAAUUAGAUGUUACACCAUUAAUGAAGAUGGCAGAGAAUCGGAAUUAUGGGCCUGAGCUUGUCUUUACGGAGGAUUCAAGAGGCAAAUUUUAUGACCAGUACAUGCAGAAACGAAAUGCAAAGCUUACGGAAGAAUGGAGCUCGGGGAGGGGUCAGAAGGAAGCCAAACUGAAGGCAAUGCAAGAUAGCCUUGAGAGAAGUAGAGUAGAGAUGGAGGCCAAAUUUGCCGAGUCAGCAGAAAGAAGGGAUUCACCGCUUUAUGCUCGUCAGCGUGCAGAGAAGUUAAGAUCUUUUAAUGUUCGUUCGUCCAUGAGCCGGGGACAGGCAUUAGAUUUCUCUGCUGAUAUGGAUGAAAUUCUUUCUGAAUCUUCUGAAAAUACUCAGUAUGAACAAGAUGGAUCAUUCAGUGAGACAUUUGUUCGAGAUGGUUCCUCGAGAUCUGUCCAAUCCAAGAAACAUUUACCCAAUAGAAAUCAGUCUUCCUCCACUUCUCGAAUAUCAACAGUACCAGUUCCACGAUCAUCAACCAAAUCGACCAACUCUAAUUCUGGAAGGCGAAGGGCCCAACCAGACAAUCCUCUUGCUCAGUCGGUUCCCAAUUUCUCUGACUUCAGAAAGGAAAACACGAAGCCGUCACUGGGAGCUACCAAAACAGCCAACAGAACACAAGCUAGAAAUUAUAGUCGCAGUAAGAGCACAAUCGAAGGCUCACAGCUUAUCAAAGACGAUAAGCCGCGCUGCCAGUCAAUGAGAAAAAGCAUUGCAGCUCCCAGUGAAUUGAAAGACCUGUCUUCACCUCUCAAUGCUCAGACUGAGCAUAGCAUUUACAACAGAGUUUCAAAGAAGGGUGAGUCCAAACCCUUCCUUAAGAAGGGUAAUGGUAUUGGUCCUGGUUCUGGAGCAGGUGUUGUAAAGAUGAAAGCUUCGGCUGGGCCCGAUAUAUUGAAAAUCGAAGACGAGUAUGAUGACUUAGAAGAUCAGCUGGAAGGUUCAGCGAUGGAAAUGGUUAAUGAAGAGGACGAAGAGCAAGAAUUUGAAACAGAAUUGGUUGAUGGUGAUCUGAAGGCUCUAAGUUAUUUGAGUGACUCGGAUGAUGAGAAACUGGAAAUAACUAAAGAAUCAGAACAGUCCAACGAUCAUCCAGAGUUGGGAGAUGACGAGGUCCUCCGAUCAUUUUGCCAAGUGGAUCGCGAUUCAGUAGCUGAAUUGGCUUUGCCUUCCAAAUUUCAUACUUCAUUAGGACAAAUGCAAGAUUCACCAAGUGAAAGCCCUGUAUCAUGGAAUUCACAUGCACAUCAUCCAUUCUCCUACAUACAUGAGUCGUCAGAUGUUGAUGCAUCUAUGGACUCUCCAGUUGGGAGCCCUGCUUCAUGGAAUUCUCAGUCUCUUGCUCAAAUGGAGGCUGAUGCAGCUCGAAUGAGGAAGAAAUGGGGUAGUGCUCAACCAGUUGUUGUGGCCAACUCUUUGAAUCAUCAAUCACGGAAGGAUGUUGCAAAAGGGUUUAAGCGCUUACUGAAGUUUGGGAGGAAAAGCCGAGGGACAGAAAGUCUGGUAGAUUGGAUCUCUGCAACAACUUCUGAAGGUGAUGAUGAUACUGAUGAUGGUCGGGAUUUUACAAACAGAUCAUCGGAAGAUCUCAGGAAGUCAAGAAUGGGCUUAUCACAUGAUGUUUUGAAUGAUGGCGAUCUUUUCAACGAACAAGUUCAAGCAUUACGCUCAAUCCCAAAUGCUCCAGCACAUUUCAGACUGAGGGAUGAUCAUCUUUCAGGAAGUUCUCUAAAAGCGCCUAAGUCAUCAUUCUUCUCACUUUCGUCUUUCCGAAGCAAAGGAAGUGAAUCAAAGCCUAGGUAACCACAGCUGUAAGAAUCCUAGAUCUAGUGUUUUUUCAUGAGAUGUCCAGCCAAUAAGGAGGGUUCAGAAGCUUAAUCCUUGAUCAUUCAGUGAUCAUUUUGAAGUCAGGAUGUGAAAGUGGCGAGGCAUUACCCAAGUAUCAGACAAAGUACAUAUAUAUAUAUAUAUAUAUAUAUAUUUUAUCUAUUCUUCUUAUCCUUGCCAUUGUGGACUCGUCACUUGUUGUCUUUACAUUUCCUUGUGAUUUAAUCAGUUACUUUUUUUUUUCACUUUCUUUUGCAUGUCUUUCCAGUUUUGUGUUAAAAUUUGUAGUAUAUAUAUAUCGAGCGUAAAUUCCGCCAAUUGGUGUAUAAGUUGAUUUUGAAAUAUCAGGUUUAUUGAUUUUUAGGGGGUAUUCCCAUUCAUUAAA